AUAAAACCCCCAAAAAAAUGUUCGUAUUUUGGGGUUUUUCGGAGCGAGGGAAGGGUUUUAGCCUUUCGUGCUCCUCCCCUCCGACGAGCAUCAUUCUCACUUCUCUCACCCUCCCUCCCUUCCCCACCAUCUGCUUUCUACUUGCUAGAGUGUAGAGACCAAGAGAAAGUCGCAGAGCGGGAGUAAACUCUUGUAAGGGCAGAAUAUUUACAGAGCUUUAACAAUAGUCCAAGACGGCUCCCUGUAUCAGUGGUUGUAAUAAACUGGGGAGAGUUGCAGAGGCGAUGGCAGUGGGGGUUUCCACUCAGAGUGGCUCUUUGAAGCCCUGUUUCCCUCCUCCUUCCUGGUUAUCUCCGUCUUAUCGUCGCUUUACUUCGAUGGCUUCCUCCCCUCGCGCUUUCUCGGCUUCCAGUAAAGCUUUACAUAGGAAGGAAAUUUUCUCUCUCCAGCAUGAGAAUGGUUGCUUUUGCAAUAUCACUGGUAGUUAUCAUCAAUUUAAACGAGGUUUGAGUAAUUCAUCUGGACCAUAUGCUAGAAAGGAUGAUACAUGUAUAUUUGAUCUUGAUGGAAGAAAACAUUACUACCCAUAUACAUAUCCUCACUGGAAAUAUCAAAUGCAGAACCCCUUUGUUUCACCAGCUCGGAUGCACCCUCACCACCCAAAUCAGUUUGGUUCAGAGGGAAAAGUUUUGUCAGGGGGACUGGCUAAAAUGGCAGGAGUAGAGGGAGGAGAGAAGCAAACUCCUGGAAACCUUUAUGGGUUAAUGUUAAAAGGAGUGGGAGUUACUCCACCUUGUAGGCCCAAUGAUAAUAGGACUACCAAUUUUAGGGCUACAGGACCUACAGUGUCCAGUGAUAAGCAUCUCUGGAUUGAAGAAAGCCGAAAAGUGAGGGAAACAAGAUUGAACGUUCUUAAAAGAAUUGAGCUUGAGGCCUUGAGUGAUGGGGGUUCUUCUGAGAAGUUAGAUUCCUCCCUAGAUCCUCUCCAUGGAGAAGGUUCAGUUUACGUAGAGAGCAUGGUCUUGGAUAAUAUACCAUCUCAUAACCCACUUCGUGAACCAAUUGAAAGGGAAACAUGUACUGUAAAGGGUGGUGGCAAGACAACCUCAGAGUUUGACCACAAUUUGCAAUUGAAAGGUCCAAAUGAACCAGAAAAUAGAGUCCAGAACAACAUUGCUGUUACUAAUAUUUAUAAUCUUAAAUUGGCUAAUUCAACUCAAAUUAAUUUAUCUUCAACACAAGUUGCGACAAAGGAAGUUCAGUUUAACGAAUCACUCUCCCAGAAGCCUUUGGAGCAAAGUAAAGAAAAACCUUCCAAAUUAGCAGGGCAACAACAUGAUGGUGCAAUUAAAAGCGGUACAUCCAAUGGUGGAUUUCCUACUGUCACUAAGAAACCAGUUCAAAUCCCUGGUGGACCAAUAAAAUCAGGAGGGGAAUCUGAUAUUCGCAUGGCAGACCAUCGUGAGAGGCUUAUCUGCAUCUAUGAAAAGGUUCUUGUUGUUGACAGUAUUGCAGUUGCAAAGGAAAUUGUUGGAAUGCUUACAACACGGUACAAGGAUUUUGUCCAUGCAUGUGACACAGAGGUAGCCAAUAUUGAUGUAAAGGAGGAGACACCUGUUGAUCAUGGGGAAGUGAUAUGUUUCAGUAUCUAUUCUGGACCAGAAGUGGAUUUUGGAAAUGAGAAGUCUUGUAUCUGGGUAGAUGUUCUUGAUGGUGGUGGUAGGGAUAUUUUGAUGGAAUUUGCUCCAUUCUUUGAAGAUCCUUCCAUUAAAAAGGUCUGGCAUAACUAUAGCUUUGACAGUCAUGUUAUAGAGAACUAUGGGAUUAAGAUAUCUGGCUUUCAUGCUGACACAAUGCAUAUGGCACGGCUUUGGGAUUCUUCAAGACGGACAGAAGGUGGAUAUUCUCUUGAAGCACUUACAAAAGACCCAAAAGUCAUGUCUGGGGCUCAACAAUGCACAGAAGGAGAACUGAUUGGUAAGAUAUCAAUGAAGACAAUCUUUGGCAAGAGAAAAAUAAAGAAAGAUGGGUCAGAAGGCAAGAUUGUCAUGAUCGCUCCUGUUGAAGAGCUUCAGAGGGAAGAAAGGAUACCAUGGAUUUGUUAUUCUGCUUUGGAUUCAAUUAGUACCCUAAAGCUUUUCGAAAGCUUGAAAGUAAAGCUACAGAAAAUGAAGUGGGUUCUAGAUGGGUUUACAAGAGGAACCAUGUAUGACUUCUAUGAGGAAUAUUGGCGGCCAUUUGGUGAACUUCUAGUGAAAAUGGAAACUGAGGGAAUGCUGGUUGAUCGAACAUAUCUUGCAGAAAUUGAGAAGGUGGCCAUAGAAGAGCAACAAGUUGCUGUGAAAAGAUUUCGCAAGUGGGCAUCUGGGUAUUGCCCUGAUGCUAUGUACAUGAAUGUAGGAAGUGAUACACAAUUGCGCCAACUCUUUUUUGGUGGUAUUGUUAACAGAAAGGACUAUAAUGAGUUUCUUCCAGUCAAGAGGACUUUUAGAGUGCCUAAUGUUGACAAAGUGAUUGAAGAGGGCAAGAAGGCUCCCUCAAAAUUUCGUAAUAUUACACUAUUUAAAAUUGGGGAUGAAAUGCAAACUGAUAUGUAUACAGCCACAGGUUGGCCCUCAAUUAGUGGGGAUGCUCUUAAAAACCUUUCUGGAAAAGUCUCAGCAGAAUAUGAACUGACUGAUGAUAGUUAUGGCUUUCAGUCUGAUGAAAGCAGUGAAACUCCACUCGAAGAAACAGAUAAUGCAGUUAAUGAAAAAGCAUCUGCUUAUGGAACAGCUUACUCUGCAUUUGGAGGGGGAAAGGAGGGGAGGGAGGCUUGCCAUGCCAUUGCUGCGUUAUGUGAAGUCUGCUCUAUUGAUUCUUUGAUUUCCAAUUUCAUUCUUCCAUUGCAGGGCAGUCACAUAUCAGGAAAGAAUGGGCGUAUCCAUUGUUCAUUAAAUAUCAAUACCGAGACUGGGCGUUUAUCGGCCAGGAGACCAAAUUUGCAGAACCAGCCUGCAUUGGAGAAGGACCGCUACAAAAUCAGGCAGGCUUUUAUAGCUGCACCUGGAAACUCUCUCAUUGUUGCUGAUUAUGGACAGCUGGAGCUUAGAAUUCUAGCACAUCUUGCAAAUUGUAAGAGCAUGUUGGAUGCCUUCAAAGCUGGAGGAGAUUUCCAUUCAAGGACAGCAAUGAAUAUGUAUCCACAUAUUCGUGAAGCAGUAGAAAACAAGCGUGUUCUUCUAGAGUGGCAUCCUCAGCCUGGUGAAGAGAAACCACCUGUUCCUCUAUUGAAGGAUGCCUUUGCUUCUGAGAGAAGGAAAGCAAAAAUGCUUAACUUUUCUAUUGCAUAUGGGAAAACUCCAGUUGGUCUUGCUCGAGAUUGGAAAGUUUCUGUCAAGGAAGCAAAAGAAACAGUAAACCUCUGGUAUAAAGAAAGACAGGAAGUCUUGCGUUGGCAAGAAAAACGUAAACAGGAAGCUCAGACAGAGAGGCGUGUUCACACAUUGCUUGGACGGGCUCGCUGCUUCCCAUCCAUGGCUAAUGUUAGUAACUCUCAACGUGGCCACAUUGAACGAGCAGCAAUCAACACCCCAGUGCAGGGUAGUGCCGCUGAUGUUGCCAUGUGUGCUAUGUUAGAAAUAUCAAGAAAUGCUCGCCUGAAGGAGCUUGGAUGGAGACUUCUUUUACAGGUUCAUGAUGAAGUCAUACUGGAAGGACCAAGCGAAUCAGCAGAGGCGGCCAGGGGCAUAGUAGUUGAGUGCAUGUCCAAACCGUUCUAUGGCAUCAAUUUUCUCAAAGUUGACCUUUCAGUUGAUGCCAAGUGUGCACAGAAUUGGUAUGCUGCAAAGUAGAAAAUGCUUCUGUUAAUGGAUUUCAUUUCAGGAACA